AUGAAAUUCCUAUACUCUGCUAUAUCUGCUUCUAUGCUGGGCCUAUUUGCCACAGCUUCUUCACAUAUAAUGUUCUCCUGCCCAAGUGGUUAUCAAAUACUUGAAAGUGAUGUAUUAGCCGCAGCCCGAAAUAUCGAUCCUAAAGCAAAAAUAUACGAAAGCUCAGCAAGCAGUACCGGUGACGCUCAGUACAAGUUUCAGCUUGGGGUCGAGACCUAUAAUAAUGUUUUAUACUUAUUCUCAGCUAUAAUUUAUUCACGAGAUAUGACAGUCAGGGUAUUACAGACUGGAUAUAAAUCUCGAAAGGAAAAAUACUGCGAUCUCAUCGAAGUAGGUGAUGUCUAA